ACCAACAAAGCAAAAAUACUAAAACAGCGUGUUUCGGUACCCCAUAACCACAGGCAACCAGUCAACCACGCCUCGUCGUCGCUCACAAUUCACUCUGCCUUAGCUUCUCAGCAAUGGCAGUACAACAUUUUUUCACCACACUCUUCUUCUCUCUUUUCAUCGCCUCCCUUUCUUCCUCUUUCCAACCUCUAGCAUUAUCAUCGUCGCCAUUCAACCAUCCCCCGCGGUUCCCAACCACAACAAAUCACCCACGGUCCCAAGCCCGGCCCAAUGAGGCCCAGGCACCAGACUACCGCUACGAAACCCGAUACUUCACGCAGCAACUUGACCACUUCAGCUUCUUGGAGCUCCCCACUUUCCAGCAGCGGUACCUCAUCAACACCGAGCACUGGGUGGGCCCACAGCGACUGGGCCCCAUCUUCUUCUACUGCGGCAACGAAGGAGACAUAGUAUGGUUCGCCGAAAACACCGGAUUCCUAUGGGAAAUCGCGCCACAGUUCGGCGCCAUGGUGGUUUUUCCCGAACAUCGUUAUUAUGGUGAGUCAGUGCCUUAUGGGGGCAGAGAAGAGGCGUAUAAGAAUGCGACGACGCUGUCGUAUCUAACGGCUGAGCAGGCGCUCGCUGACUUUGCUGUUCUGAUCACUGAUCUGAAGCAGAACCUUUCGGCCACGGAUUGUCCUGUUGUCUUGUUUGGUGGAUCUUAUGGUGGAAUGUUAGCAGCAUGGAUGAGACUCAAGUACCCUCAUAUUGCUAUUGGGGCACUUGCUGCUUCAGCUCCAAUUCUCCAAUUUGAAGACAUUGUGCCACUUGAAACGUUCUAUGACAUUGUUUCCAGUGAUUUUAAGCGUGAGAGUUCUACUUGCUUUAACUACAUAAAACACUCAUGGAAUGAGGUAACAUCAAUAGGUCAGACGCGUAAUGGCCUUGUGCAACUGUCCAACACUUUCCACUUCUGUCAGCCAUUGAAUAAGACUGAUGAUCUAUGGAACUGGUUGGAGUCUGCAUAUAGUUAUUUGGCAAUGGUGGACUACCCAUAUUCUGCUAACUUUAUGAUGCCUUUGCCUGGACACCCCAUCAAGGAGGUUUGCAAACGGAUUGAUGGCCAACCUGCUGGGACUAGUCUUCUGGAGCGCAUCUAUGAAGGAGUGAAUGUCUACUACAAUUAUACUGGAGAAACUAAGUGUUUUGAGUUGGAUGAAGAUCCUCAUGGCCUGAGUGGUUGGAACUGGCAGGCUUGCACUGAAAUGGUUAUGCCAAUGUCUUGUGACCCAGAGUCCAGCAUGUUUCCCCCGUAUAAGUUUAAUUACUCUGAUUACGAAGAGGGAUGCAUCAGAAAUUACGGAGUGAAGCCAAGGCUGAAAUGGAUUACUACGGAGUUUGGUGGACAUAAAAUUGAUGCCACCUUGAAGAAAUUCGGAAGCAAUUUGAUUUUCUCAAAUGGCCUAUUGGAUCCAUGGAGUGGUGGCAGUGUUUUGCAGAAUAUAUCUGAAAGUGUUGUUGCCCUUGUCACUGAAGAAGGUGCACACCACCUAGAUUUGCGUGCUUCGACACAGAAUGAUCCUGAUUGGCUUGUGGAGCAGAGGGCUACUGAGAUCAAGCUAAUCAAAGGUUGGAUCACUGAGUACCAUCAGAAAAAUAAGGUCAUGUUCGAUAUGUUUUAGUGUAAAACUGUAAAUGUUGAAUUGCAUUAUCACUGUUCUAUAUAGCUGAACGAAAAAAGCAUGCGGCUAAAAGAAACUUCUAUGUAUCAAAAGCAUGCGAUUUUUUGUAUUAAUAUUAAAAACAAAUGCAUGUAAUUCAGAAUGGAGAACAAAUAGUUACAACUUACAGUCACCAAAAAAUAGUUACAACUUACAAGU